AUGCGAUCAAUCAUCACUUUUACCUUCCUCGUACUCACCUCUCUCCUCUCCACGGUCCUGGGUAAUUAUGUCGACAUGGUCAUUGACUCCGAGAAGGAAUUAGCUGGUACUCUUGAUAAAUUCGUUGAAGAUCAUCCAGACACAUAUGAUUUCAUCGCUAAAUCCCAUGAUGGUAGAAUCGUCAUCCAAGUUAGGUUUGAAGAUGAUACCGUUGGUAUCGAAGGUUUCUUCACCGAGACUCCAGAAUUAUUGGACGAUUUGGAUGUGGCGCAAAAAUCAAUUUUGGCUUCUACCGUCUCGGCUGGAUUGGACGAACAAUCCGGAACCACUUUGGAAUCCCUUCAAGCUUAUCGAUAUGGCGCACCGGACGAAGGCGAUUACACAAGAGACAAUCUUAAAAGAGCUUCCUUUUGUGGUCAAUUCUGCUCAACCAGAUUGAGCUGUGUUGUCCCUGGAUGUAGAAGAUGUUAUUAUACUGGCGGAGCUUGUCUCUGGCAAAAAUCUUGUCAAAGAGUAAGUUUAAAUUUCGAUUGA